AUGGCGUCACUACUGAAUAAACAAAGAAAUCUGUCUCCCACAAGACCUCCUCUUUUUGAUGAUAAGCUCUACAAAUAUUGGAAGAUUCGGAUGAGAGACUAUCUCAUGGCUGAGGACAGUGAAGUAUGGGACGUCAUAUGUAAAGGUCCUUAUGUGCCAACUAUGGAGGUUAAAUAUGGAGAGGUCACAAGAGUCAUUCCCAAAACUAGACAACAAUAUAAUGACUCUGACAAGCAACUAGUUCGAAAAAAUUACAAAGCCAAGAAGUUGCUUAUGUGUGGCAUUGGAAUGAAAGAUUAUGAUUUGAUCUCUUCAUGUGAAUCAGCCAAAGAAAUUUGGAAUCUCCUGAGAAAUACCUUUGAAGGUACUGAGGAAACAAGGAAAUCUAAGCUAGAUUUCUUUACUGCUCAGUUUGAAGGUUUCACCGUGGAGGAAGGUGAACCAGUUCAUGAAAUUCAGACAAGAUUCUCCACCAUAACCAAUGAGCUCAUGUUUCUUGAUGAACCUAUCCCGGUGGGCAAACAAGUCUCUAAGAUACUGGAAACUCUUCCCAGAUCUUGGAUAAAUGAAUGUGUGUUAGCUGAGGAGACAAAGGGGCCUGAAGAGGCGACUCCAAAUACACUAUUUGAGCUUUUUCAAGCUCAUGAGUUGCAUAAAAAAAGGGAGUGUCUCAUUCUGAAGGAAAAAUACAAAAGGACUGAUAUGAUUGAUGAGACUGAUCAGAAUAAAGAAAAUUAUGUCAAGAGUGUAGAAGGUAAAGACAUUGAGAGGGACCUGGUCCGUCCCAAGAUAAGCAGAAGAGAGGUCUUCUUCAGGACAUUAAAAAGGGAUAUGGCUGCAUGGAAAAAAUCCUCAAGUGAUUCAGAUGAUUCUGAACACACAGAUAAUUAUUUCAUGACAAAGUCAAACGAGGAAGAUGCUGAUGAAAAGGUAACUCUAUCUUAUUUCAAGCAAAACUUGAAUACCUUUUGUACUAGCAAGUUGAGAAAGCUAGCAGUUGUAUUACUUGAUUUGAUAAGUGAGCUGACAAGUGAGAAGGAUCCCAUAAGCAACAGUCUAGAUAUCUCUCAAGAUGGAAAAAUUGCAUUAGUUGCCCAAAUAUCUGAUAUUAAAAGUCAAAUGCGUGUUCUAGAAGCUGAAAAUCUAGAACUGAAGAAAAAGAUGAAAGGGGUAACUAAUAAAACUUUUAAUGGAAAGAAUGAGGCAAGCAGCUUGCAGCUGGAGCUUGAGAAUAAGCUGCACACUACUGAAAUGAAGACCAAAAUUGCAUUAGGAAGAAAUCUUGAGUUAGAGAGGGACUUGCUGAAAAGAGCUAAAGAAAGACAUGUGAAGUUUGUCCGAUCUAAAAAUAAUCAAGAAAAGGAAGAAAGGGGACCUGGUCUUCUUGAUAAAUUUGUGAGAUCCGACAGAAAUGUGGAAACGGAGCGCAAGGGACCUGGUCCUCGCUAUCGUUUUAGCAAGAACACUUUGCCCCCUUGGACAGGAAGGUUUCUUGUUAAGCCUUUUGACAGUUAUUGGGAACUCUGGUUGAAGUGGGUUCCUAAGUCUAACAAUCUCACUGAACUUAAUGCUCAAGGUAUGAAUGCUGAGGUUGUGAUUGAUGAUGUUAAGGAGAAGCAGAUCAGACCUCCUUCAGGUGAAAUAUGCAGACUUUGA